AUCUUGGCGCUCGGGAUGCGGUUGUAGCACUUGCUGGAUCUGCGUCCUGAGGUGUCGGUGCUUCAACACAACAGACAGACCGCCAGUAAGCCACGCUUAGAAACCAACCAACCCAAGCAUAAUGGCUAGCGACAAGGUUGAGAAGAAGAAGGGUGGCGCCAAGAAGAAGGCCCAGAGAGCCACCAGUAAUGUCUUCUCUAUGUUCGACCAGAGGCAAGUGCAGGAGUUCAAAGAGGCGUUCACAAUGAUCGACCAAGACAGAGAUGGCUUUAUCAGCCGGGAGGACUUGGCAGCCAUUUUCGAUUCGUUAGGCCGUCAGCCAAAGACGGAGGAGCUUGAUGAGAUGCUUGCUGAGGCACCAGGACCCAUCAACUUCACCAUGUUCUUGACACUAUUCGGUGAAAGAGUACAAGGAUCCGACCCGGAGGAUGCCAUAGUGAAUGCAUUCAAAAUGUUCGACCCAGAGAACAAGGGUGCGAUCCCGGCAAAGAGGCUCAAGGAGCUUAUGCUUGGAAUUGGCGACAGAUUCGAUAAGGAUGAGUUUGAUCAAUUCAUCAAGACUGCGACAAUCAAGGAUGGAAAGUUUGACUACAAGGCGUACGCGCACGUACUGACGCACGGUGAAGAAGAUGUGUAAAGCCUACCACCACCAAAUAAAUCGCUCGCCGCGUACUGAGCAUGAACUGAGGAAUAGCACUCGUUCAUACCUUCUCGAUAUCCAACUCCAAUAUUGUUCAUGAUUCUAAAACUCAUCAUCUUGUACCGAACUUUGUCAUCAAAUUAACAAAUAUUUAUUUCAAUAAAUUACAGAAUCGCUUCUGGAACCGAACUGUUUGCAACUUGCCGUUAUAAGUUGCCUGUUAUAUUACCGUACUGUGUUUCGCUGAGAUGUAAUAGAACAAUGCACAGCGGCAUGUGCGCAUAUGUAAACUCGGGUUUCCAGCAACUAGUCGUGGAAUGGUCAGAUGUGAUUUUUUCAAGGUACUAUGCUCAGUGCGUUAAAAUUCUGUAAACUUCCGGCCACGAUCGAUUCAAUCAAAUAUUGUCACAAUCCUAACAGCGGAUUUGAUAUUAAAACAUCAGUUAUGCACUUAAAAUUUAACAUGUUGUUGAAGCACAAUGGCAUAUAAUUCCGAGCAGGUUUUAGUUACAAUCCCAGGAAUAAGUACUGAUCCAAGCGGGAGUCGAUGCGGGUGUAAUAGCUCUGCAGCCUGUAGAACAAUAAUACCCCGAAGCUUGUCGUAUGUGGACACUGCUCACAACAGUCAGAACAUAGCGCGCCACACAUCUGCCUCUGCUGGCGCCACCUGCUGUGCUGGGCAGUCACCACAUAUGCAGCGACAAUAUCUGCUACCAAAGCGCUCGGCCUCGCAAAGAGAAACCUAAAUAGCAUUCAGAACCAUAUAUUUGUGCUAACAAAUAAGUCAAAUGCCGCUGAAUUUUCCGAAAGACCCCGUCAGUGACUGAAAUAACUUCUACCUUAAUGAAAUGUUUUCACAGCGGUGGAAUAUCAAUUGCUUAAACAUGUCGCUUGGUGAGAAAACAGACGUUUUCUCCCAACAUUUGGUGCAAAUCCAUUGCUUUGCUUUCUCUCUGUUACUGUACGUGUUGUUGUGUGGACGCAGUACUUGCGAUGAGUAGACUCAAACUAUGUUAGAACGUAGGGACUGUUGUAUAUGUAUGUAAAAAUAAGUGAAAAUUUUUCAGUAAAUUACCUGUGCACGGUUAAAAAAAA